CUCUUUCUCUGUACAUUACAAUCUCACCACACAACGCCACAAUGUCCUCAUUACGCAACGCAGUUCAGCGACGAAACCAUCGCGAGCGCGCACAACCCACCGAGCGAGCAAAAUGGGGUCUCCUUGAGAAGCGCAAAGACUACAAAUUGCGCGCCGCAGACCACAAGACCAAGACGAAAAAGAUCAAAGCAUUGCAGAGCAAAGCUGCCGAACGCAACGAGGAUGAGUUUUACUUUUCUAUGGUGAAUAACGCGUCGAAAGGAGGGAUUCGGAUCAGUAAAAGAGGAGAGGCGAACAAUGGAGGCGCAGUGGGAGCGAUGGAUGUGGAUGUCGUGCGGUUGAUGAAAACUCAAGACGCAGGAUAUCUGAGGACACAGCUGCAAAGGACAAGGAAUCAGAAGAAGAGGGUACAGGAGGAGCUGGUGCUGGCUGAGACUGGUGUCGCAGCGCAGCCUAGUAAUGGACGAAUUGUGUUUGGUGAUGAUGAGGACGAGAAUGCGACGGCAAGACCAGUUGGUGGCCAGCAAGUGGACGCGGACGACAUAGACAUGGAUCUGGACGGUUUCGACAGCGACGGAGAAGAGGACGAUGCAGUCAGCGAAGCGGAGGAGAAACUCACGCCGGAAGAGAAGAGACUACGGCGGCGGAAGAGACAUGCGAUAGAAGUCAAUCGGAAAAGGCUCGAAGCGCUUGAAGAACAGGAGGAGAAGCUGAGUGCGGCUCUUGAUGGUGUAGAGCAACAACGUGCCAAGAUGAACGGCACAGCUGGAGGUGUGAACAAGAGCGGCACAAAAUUCAAGGUGCGGCAACGCAAGCGAUAGAGAAAGAUUGUUUUGCUGUCAUGAGAUACCCAGACACAGUCAAUAAAGCGCAACUUCUGCCAUGCAGGC